CAGCUGCUAACCGCCCCCACUGCUGCCGAACAGGAGCUGCGAAGAAGCAGCCGGAGCCACAGACUGCGGGCUAAGUUUGUCCUCCCUGGCUUCCCAUCACGAGUACAAGGGGCUUUGUUUCAUUGAUGAACAACGACCGUCGGGUUCGUUUAAAACUCACACCAAAAUGUACAGGCGUUAGAAACUGGCAAACACCUUCGUGACACUGUGGAUAAUUUGUAGAGACACAGAAAGCAGAGAGGAAGGGGAGGGGAGAGGGGAAAGUGCGACGGAGCGGACAAAGUUGACACUUCGCUGUCAUGUUUGGUACUUGUUGAAUAGUGCUGUGUGCUCACACACACACACACACACACAACACAGGAGCGUGUAGUGUGGGCAGCGUGCUGGGAACAGGGUCUUCUGUAUCGCCAUGAGGCUGUGACACAACAAUGAUGGCAGAGCUGGAAAUUGACCAGUCCAACCUUCCACGUGUCCAAGAAGUGUGCCAGAGUUUUGCUGUGCUGGAGGACGGAGUGUUGGCACACAACCUGCAGGAACAGGAGAUCGAGCAAUACUAUACCACCAACAUCCAGAAGAACCAGCUAGUGCAGAAUGACAUUCGUAUAGCGAAAAUGCUGCAGGAUGAAGAGGAAGAGGAGCAGGCCCAGCAGAGCACUCUCUUCAGACACGCCUCCAGACAACUAGAGGAGGAGGACUUUGAGUACGCACGUGUAAUUCAGGAGGAGAUCCAGCGUUGUGCUGCGGAGGCCCGGAGGAGGGAGCAGGAAGAUGAGGAUAUAGCUAAACGAAUGCAGGAAGAAGAGAAGCAGAGAAUCACGAGGCGGAGCAGAGGGCAGGAGUGCCAUAGUGAAGGCAGCGCCAGUGAUCCUGAACUGCCGUCCCCACACCAGCACACACUCGGCAGCCUUCAAGGAGAGAGGCAGUAUUCACCUACCACCACCAGGCGGCAAUGUUCUACCUCUCACCACCGUUCAGACUUGUCUCGGCCUCAGGCUGACUCCCCCAGGGGGUUAGCAGCUCAGAAAAACACAACUUCAUUGUCAAAUCAAGGACACACAGAUUCCAUAAGGGUAGUUUGGAGAGAGCGUUUGAGCGAGGAUUCAGAGGACUCGGACACAGUUUUCUCUGAACAGCUCUCCCUGAAAGAAAGACUCAACACUGCACCUCCUCAACGGCGGGCAUCUUCACAUCAGCCGCAAAUGAGAAAGUUCAGAAGUCUUAGCUCUCGCAGCAACUUCACAGAGGAGGAGAGAGGAGACAGGAAUGAGGGCUAUUAUGAAAACGGAGACCUGGGGAAGAGGAAGCCUAGGAAUUGGGAUCAGGAAAGGAACCAUAGAGAGGAGUAUGAGGGUUUGCACAGGAGCAGAGAUCAGGAUAAAGACUGUAGGUUAGUCGAAGUAGGAGAAGGGCGAUGUCGUCGCAGUGAGUCUGUCAGGCUGCAUGACGGGAGUAAACACAGCAGCAGAGACUUAGCGAGGACCUGGAGCUAUAAGGACAACCCUGACAAACAUGUCCAUUUUAAGGAGCACGCCAGGAGCUCUAACAGGCAGCAGCAGGGGGAAACCAGGCGAGUCUGGGAGAUGCUGGGCCAGGUCCUCAGAGAGAGGGGCGUGCCUGUGAGGUUCGGUGGCAACGGGGCGCCACUACAAAUAAGUCCUCAAAGCAGAGACAGCCAGGUGCUUCAUGGGAGUGAGGUCUCAUGCGGCGACUCCCAACCACAUCAGAGAGCCUUCCAGAGGGCUGCUGCCACCAGGCACAGUUUCCAUGGAGAUAUCAGGGAGAGGAAGAGACUGUCACACCGAGAGAACAGCGGGAGAGAUCACAAAGAAGACCGGCACCGUAAUAAUGUGGAGCGUGAUGAAAAGGUUUACGAGAUAAGUCGUAGAGACUCGUAUCUUUCUAACAAAGAAAGGGGAGGCAAUAGAAAGUGGAGCGAGCACAGAUACACUAAUGCUGACGAGAGCGAGAGGAAAGCAAACGAUGGCAGGGCCAAGAGGACAACAAGCGAGCGCAGGCAUUGGCACACGACCAUAGAAGAAAGGUUAAGCUCGGAGGAGGAGCAGGAGGCGGAGAGGAGAGUAGAGCGGCCUCGUCGAAGAACCCCACGGCGUAGCCACAGCCUCAGCAGCAGCGGGGCUUCAUCCAAGGAUAGGUCAAGGCACGCGGCAGCAGGAGCGUCACUGCAACCAGAACCAGGCGAGGCGAGCCUGGACCUGGGGGAGCUGCAGCAGGUCCUACGGGAUGAAGAACUUGCUCACAAGCUGCAGGAGGACGAGGAAAAGCUGUUGAGGAGGGACUCCCCGCCCUCUCCAUAUAGUCCGUACCCAGAGGGAGACUUCAGAGUAGCACAAGUGGCGCAGGAUGAGGAAAUUGCACGCUUUAUGCAGAAGCAGGAAAUGAAGUCAAAGCGAAGAUCUCGUGAACUAGAAGGGCCGGCAUCGUGUCGCGAGCACAGAUCGAUGAUCAGUCAUCAAGACAGACAGGCUGCUAGAGACAGAACGGUCCAACGAGAGAGGCUUGACUCAGAGGGUCUUCCUUACCCCACUGAGGACUGCUCCCCAGAGAACCAGCCACCCGGCCCCUUCUCCACUAUACCACAAGCCCAGCAGAUCAGAAACAUUGCAGAAGAGCUGGACCCGACCUUCCAGGCCGGGAGUCAAGUCCAAGUCACGGAGAGCCUCCGAGCGGGACAAGCAGGGCCAACCUGUCAGUCACUUCCGAUGCCACACUCUGGCUCACGUGACCGACUCGAGGAGCCUGCUUUCAUCCCGCCCACAAAACGGCAAACGGACAAAUCAGUACGCACUAAACCCAAAGAGAAGAAGGAAAAUUGCAAGCAACAAUAAUUUUAAAUAUAUAUAGUUUUCAGCUUCAGAGAAUUAAGUUCUCUCUACCAGCCACCCCUACGAGCACUUUAGUGGAACACAUUUUACAAUAUCUUUCGGUUAAGUGAAUAACACUUAAGACUUAUUCUUUAUCAUUUUCAAAGGGAACAUUUAGGUUUAUUGAAGUAUUUGAAUUAUUCAGUGUUUAAUUUAAAUGGUAUACCUUUUUUUUUUUAUUAUUUUAUAGUUGUAACUUUAAUUAGUUUUUAUGUAGUUAAGCAGUGAGCAUCCAUCCAUCACCUAUAAGAGUCGUGUUAGGUCAGUUGACAUUUUGGAUGCGUUAGAUCUGGUGGCCUGUCGGAGUUGUCAAUUAAGGUUGGAAGUUCAAGCUGGCUGGUGCGUUGGAAGCCAGAGCCCUCGCUGUGAGGCAUCAGUGCUAAACACUGCACCACCGUGCCUCCUCCGAAGAGCGUCCAAAACUUUCAAAUGACAACAAGAAGUUGCUUUGAUGAACCUUGAACCUGAAUGACGUGGUUUUCAGACGAGCUACUUUAAGACUUCCACUUUGUGAGUGUCUGCCUGCUUUGUUUCAAAGCACGUUGGCAGGACUCCCAUGUUUACAAUAGUACAGUGACAAUCAAAUGAACAUGUUUAACCCUUAGUAAAUGGAAAUCCCAUUUUCUUUUUUUAAACAUUACAGAAAGCAUCAAGUAUGUUACAUUGUUUUGUAAUAUCUAGAUGUUGCUAUAUCUUUUGGGGACAGUACAUGUUAUGUAACAAAGUCAUCUAAGAUCCACUCACUACUUUUUUUAUUGGAGGUGUCAACUGCAUCUCACGUCACUCACACCAGACACCAAAGAACAUCCUUGAAGUGAGACGGGUUAGGUGUCUUCCCCCCCCCCCCCAUAUAUAUAUACGUCCACCUGUUAUCACAUGACUAAAUUCCAACACAUAGGUCCCAUGACGACACCUGAGCCAGCUUCAUUCACAGAGUGAAGACAGGUGCAGUCAAAGCUCCAGAAAGCUUGGUACAUAUCAAACUUGUGUUUUUGUAUAUUUGCCAGGUGUGUUGUUAUCGGUCCAGAGACCGUCAACAUUAUUCAUUAUACAGAAGUUCUUGCGCUAACAAAAUAUUUAGUUUGUUUUUGUAUCUGCAUAUUACUCCCACAUUUAAAGCAUCCUUUUUGUUGUUUGUUUUUUUUAUACAAAUAAAAUCUGCCACUGCUUAAGUGGACCACUAUGAA